AUGGGCGACAAGUAUGCCUCUCUGCAGCGGGCCCAGCUGCAUCUGGAUUUCAUCCACGCCAAUUCCACUACUCACAGUUUUCUUUUUGGAGCACUGGCUGAAUUGCUGGACAAUGCAAGAGAUGCAGGCGCUACAAGACUUGAUGUGUUCUCAGUGGAUAAUGAAAAACUGCAGGGUGGAUUCAUGCUGUGCUUCCUGGAUGAUGGAUGCGGUAUGAGCCCUGAGGAAGCUACAGAUAUAAUUUAUUUUGGAACGUCUAAGAAACGGCUGUCAACCCUGAAGUUUAUUGGGCAGUAUGGCAAUGGACUUAAAAGUGGAUCCAUGAGGAUUGGAAAAGACUUUAUUCUUUUUACAAAGAAGAAAGAAACGAUGACCUGUGUGUUUUUUUCUCAGACAUUCUGUGAAAAAGAAGGUCUUAAUGAGGUUGUUGUUCCCAUACCUUCAUGGUUAACAAGAUCUGGAGACUCUGUUACAGAUGAUCCUCAAAAAUUGUCAGUGGAACUGUCUAUAAUUUAUAAGUACUCUCCAUUUAAAACUGAAGCUGAACUGAUGAAACAGUUUGAUAUAAUCUAUGGGAAUUGUGGUACUUUGCUGGUUGUUUUUAAUUUGAAGCUUCUGCUUAGUGGAGAGCCAGAGUUGGAUGUUAAAACUGACAAGGAAGAUAUCCUGCUUGCUGGAGCUCUUGAAGAUUUUCCAGAGAGGUGGUCAUUCAGAGCUUAUACAUCUAUUCUGUAUUUUGACCCUUGGAUGAGAAUAUUUAUACAGGCCAAAAGAGUUAAAACAAAGCACCUGUGUUACUCUCUCUACAGACCCAGAAAGUAUCAGUACAUCACAUCUUCUUUUAAGGGAGCAUUUAAAAACGAAGUAAAAAAGGCAGAAGAAGCAGUAAAGUUUGCUGAACUCAUGUUGAAAGAAACACGAAUCAAAGUUAGCCACCCUGGCAGAUAUUCUUUGUCUUCUCCAACGAAGGAUGUAUUGCAGAAAGCUUUGGAAGAUGUAGAAGCAAAGCGUAAGAUUCUCAAAGAGAAGAAAAGGGAAUUAAGAAAAGCAAGGACUCUCUCUCUGUUCUUUGGAGUGAACACAGAAAGCCGAAACCAAGCUGGGAUGUUCAUUUACAGUAAUAAUCGCUUGAUCAAAAUGCAUGAGAAAGUGGGCCCGCAAUUGAAACUGAAGUCCUUACUUGGUGCAGGUGUGGUUGGAAUUGUUAAUAUACCCUUGGAGGUCAUGGAGCCUUCCCACAAUAAACAAGAAUUUCUCAAUGUGCAAGAAUAUAAUUAUCUACUAAAAGUCAUGGGACAGUACUUGGUCCAGUACUGUAAGGACACUGGCAUCAGUAACAGAAAUCUCACAUUGUUUUGGAAUGAGUUUGGAAACCAGAAUAAUGAAAAUACUGGAAAAUAUUUUGAUUCUAUUCACAGUCAAAGAAGACAAGCUAUGGCUAUCCCAUUCAUCAUUCAGUGCGAUCUUUGCCUUAAAUGGAGAGUUUUGCCUACAUCUACUAAUUACCAGGACAAAGAAUCUGUUGACAUCUGGAUUUGUGCAAAUAACCCCAAUCUCUUGGAAAACAGUUGUGAUGGGGUUCAACGCUUACCUUCUAUCCCCCUCGGCACCAUGGGCAGUGUGUCAGCAUCGAAACAUGAGAGAGCAAAGCAGCUUCAAGACUCUGUGCAAAGGUAUCAUAAUCGACUGAUGGAACGGCAGCCACAGCCUCAGUUUAUUCCACCGAGUAGAAUCACUGAGUUCCCUGCCACUUGCCAAAAGUCAGCCCCUAAGGAAAAUAUGAAAAUCAGAUCUUUGGGUAAAGACUUGAAGCGUGAGUCACUUGUGUCCAACAAAUUGUCCAUCAGUCAUAGAGGCUGGAAAAGAAGUGCCGAAGGUGCACACUCUAAUACAGAAUAUGUCUCAGAGACCAACAGAAUUAAGACAUCUAUGUGGAAGAAAGUGAAAUUUCAACAGCCAAGACGUCCAGUGACCCGACCAGAAAAUGUCAGACUAUCGGAGAAAGUCCAGGCCUCUUCGUGGGAAAUGAAAAGAAAGCAGAAUCAAAACCUUGUGCAGGAUUGUACAACUUUGAUUGAAGUUGAAGACGGCAUCAGAGAUCCAGAUGUAAUCCUGAUUUUGGAUGAAAACCAAACUGAUCUCUCACUGAAAAAGGAAGAAAAGAAAAUUUCUCUUAUGAAAAAAGCAAAAGAAGAGCUAUGUAAUGAUACUCCAGAAUUAAAGAGAAACUUUUCAUUAUUUAACUGGGAAAGUGUGCCGUUAGAAGAUUUUAAUACAAGUUCUGGAUGCAAUGCCAAAAUUUCUGUGAGUGCUGCUUGUAGCAUUUCUUCUUCAGCAACUGAGGCUCCUAAAAGCACAUAUGUCAAGGAAACAGUAAAACGUUUGUUGUCUAAUUUAAGAGAGAUUCUUCUGCAUUUUAUACCAGAGUAUCAGCUGCCCUCAGAAUUUGGCUGCACAUCUAUAGAGCAAUUUGUAGAAAGUUGUGAGCUGGAGCAAUGUCCAGAGAACAAAAAUAAAAUGUUGAAAAUGUUUUUCAAACAGAUCAAGAAUGAAUACAUGGUCGAAUAUGAAAAAAACUUAAGGAAAAAGAUGCAGUCCAUUAUUUGUGAUGCAAAUAGAAGAGGCUUGAUUAGUGAAGUGUCUCUGCAGAAAUGUGAAGAAAAAAGAAAAAUUACUGAAGAGAGACUGAAUAAUCUUCGUGCAAAACUAGCAUUAUUGUUGCAGAAACUUCAGCUGGGCCAUCCAGAAGAUCUGGAGGAAACUGACAAUUAUUUAGAAGCUUUGCUUCUAGAAGAUGAUCUCCUUUUCCAGAAUUCUAAAAAUAAAGUGACUGCAGAUCAUAACCUCUCAGGAAAAAAAUAA